GGUUAAGAAAGCUCGAGCUUGAAAAAGAGGAGAGGGAGAGCAAGUGGGUAGCAAGCAUUUGGCGCGAGGAACAAAAGCAAUUGCAUGCAGAAUCGUUCUUGAAUUAACGCAAUUCGAAACGCUUUAGAGAUUGCACUUUAAUCUUUAUCAAUUGGAAAAUGCCUUUGAGCGCUCUAGCUCCAAAUGACGAGCUUCCAUAUCCAAUGGAAAAAAGCUCUGAAAAACGACCCUUGACCCCAAGCGCAACUCAACAAUCGCGAAAGAGACAUUCAAUUCCAAACUCAACAUCAAUUGCAAUUUCAAAGGAAGGAGCAGAUAAUUGUUUUUUAAAUUCUUUAAAUGAUCAUGAGAGCGAUCUCCACUCCAAUAAAGUCAAUAAUCCACAACCUCAAGCUUUGAAAAUUCAAAGCAGUCGAGAUGAAUUUGCUAGAUUGGAUUCGCUGCCUCAAAAUAUGAGAGGUGCAAUUUUCGAAAGAGGGCAGCGGAAUCAACAAUACUCAAGCGAAAAGAGUAGCGCGAAUCAAUCAAUCCUUGAAGAAGAUCACAAUAAGUUGAUGGAUGAUGCAGCUAAUGAAUAUAGUAGCAAUUGCGAUUGGGAUAGUAGCAGCAAUGUCGAAGAAGGUCGCUCACAAAUUGGAAAAGCUUUUAACCCCUUUCAAACCCCACCACUCACUCUCGCAAAUCUUAAUUCCUUUCAAUUUUCCUCAAUCCAAGAUCGAAAUCCCUACUCACAAAAGAGUUCCAUCAGACGGAAUUAUCAAUCCCCAUUGCAUCAAGCGGAAUUGCUUCAGGCUCAAUUACUUCAAUCGCAAUUGAACCCCGCUUCAAGGCUCACUCCUGAAGCUUUAAAUUUCGAAGGGAUUCCUGAUGCAGCAGAUAUUGAAGGGAGCUUUGAAAUUGAUACAAGCAAUCAGAAUGGCUCCCCUUAUUUCGAGCGCUAUUCUGAGAGCAGCAAUCCAUUGCCAACUAUUGAGAUUCGAAAGGCAUUGUCUGAUGCGGAUUUUGCUUUUGACGAAGAGUACUACUCCACUGAUGAUGAUGAAAUAGAAGUUAGCAAUGAGGAGGCAAGGGAGGCAGCGCAAGAGUUAAUUGAUCUUGGAAAUCAAAUUGAAGUGGGAAGUGAAGUGGAUAGCGAUCCUUUUGGUGAAAUAUCUGAUCCUUACUCUUUCAAUGCGUUCGAUCACUUCUGUGCUCACUUUAGAAAUGGAUUUUUUUGUGAGGAAGUUGAACAUGAAAAGAUAUUUCAAAAGCAUCAUGAGGAAAUGUUUAGGAGCGGCCAAUCUCACUCCAAUCAUUGCAUCAACCUUCGUCAAUUUGCAAUUGAAAGAAAUCCAUAUCGGGAGCAAAACGAGAUUCCAAAUUAUCUCGGCAAAAGGCACCUUCAACGUGGAAAGGAGAUAUUCACAGCAUCAAAUUUGCCACGUCAAACUUCAAGCAAUCAUUCCCUGAUGGUGGAUCACUUAAGUGAAAGGCAACUUCGCACUAUCUAUGAAGGCACCUAUCAUCUUUCGCGUAUACAAAGCAAUCAAGGUUUUGGAGUUACUGAUCGCUCUUUUGAACGAGCCGAAUCAGUUGCAGAGCCCCUCAGCGAUGACGAAUAUUGCAUUGAUUCAACUCGCACCAAGCCCCCUACAUUGUGCAUGUUGAAUCAUGAGCUUGAGGUUUCAGCAGAGCAAACCCCUACAAUUACUGUAGAUAUUGAUAGUAUGUGUGGGGAAUUCAAAAGUUUAGCUGCGAUUAAAACUGGGUGGAUUUACUACCCUUAUACGAAUGCUCCAUUAACAGGUCGCACCCAUGGCGUUUACAUCAAAAUUCCCUACAAUUUGCCCUUUGAUUCAGAUGAUCACUAUUUAGCAAUUGCUGAUUUGAACCCCUUUCGAUUCGAUGCAGAGCACGCUUUGUUGCUCUCCCCGGAAAAGAUUCCUCAUAUUUUUUUCGGCAAACUUCACGAUUGGAGCUCCAUCAAUAUCUACCUGCUUUUCCCCAACAUCUUCUUUCACCGAAGGAAGGGCCUGAAGAAAUCUCAGGAAAAGCACAUUUCUAUUUACCUUAGUGACGAUCAACGCAAAAUCCUACACGAGGAGGUGAUCCACCCUGCAAUGAGCUUCGCCUUUGAUCAUCACACGUCGGAAUCUAUACCCUCUCACUGGGAAACCAUGAAAGCUCACGCAAAUGCGCACGGCACAGAGCAAAAUCGCCUUCGCGGGUCUCAAUCUCGCUUUCAAUCACUUGGCUAUCGAAUUAAUCCAAAUCAAAGCGAUCAAUUUGAUACCUUUACUCGCGAGUGCUAUCGCUUAAUUGAAGCAUUGGAAUUAGUUGAUUUUUACGGCUUGCGAUUAUAUUUCAAUGGAAAGGGCUUUAAAGAUUCGGAACGUCAACCUUCAUUCUCUCAAUUGCACGAAACCUGGGGCGCGCGAUGGAGCAAGCAGUUCAAUAAUGCCUUUAUUCCAAUGGAUCGCUGCUGGUUGGACCUUGGGCGGCAGUUCACACCGGUGAAGAAUAGCAAUUUUGAUGAGCUCACUAUGCUUUGGAAGCCAUGCUGCAUCAAGAAAUAUUACGAUGAGCGAGCCACAAAAUGUAAAACCCGCUCCACGCUUCCUUUGGAAAUAUUCAACCUCGGUGGCUGCCGGGAUAUUAUUUCUGCUACCAUGACUGCACGGAAAGGGUCCAAGCAAGCUGUUGGUGGAGCUUGCUACAGUCAAUUUUACACCAGAUCAAAAAUGCACUUUGUCACUUCCACUGUCGAAGUCUUUCAAAGUAGGGAUAUUGAUGCUUUAGCAUAUGGAUCAGCGCAAUUGAAAGCUGUUGGCAGCGCUGGAAAAAGUAAAAUGCCCACAUUUCAAAAUGCUGCUGAUGCUUACAUCAAUGGAGUCAACCGCACAGAUCUUGGAAUUGAUGAAAUUGAGAAAACCUCCUGCGAACCUCGAGAGGAGCAUCGAAUUCGCGCUGAUAUUUGCUUUUCCUUAUUGCGAGAAUUGGCUGAUCAAGAGAAAAGUGAAUGGGGUAGUGAAAAUUCACAAGGGAGCGUUAGCGGGAUGGGGGGUGAGAAUUUCGCAAAUGAUCUUACAUUCAAUAGUGAAAGUCUUGCGAGAAGUGCAAAUUCAAGUGAAGGGGGCGGUUCGCAGAAUGGCAUUAGGGAUUGGGAAAUCAAUUUUCUUGCACCUAGCGAUGCUCGCUACUCUAGCUCAAUUCCACUCCGCGCAAAGGAAACUAUGUACGAAGCUAAAUUGCGAAGCGAAUAUUUCAGAGUGCAACGAGGGAAUUUCCCCAAUCAACAUUCUAUCGCUCGCCACCUCCCUUUUUGGAUUGUUCAAUCUCCCAUCUUUGCCUCAUUUCUGCGCUCAAAUGUUAAUAAAGCCUUGAUGGGAUUCGAGCAUGUUUUAUCAACCUUGAAUCACGAAGUUGUGAAACAAUCAGCGACAGCUACUGCAUUGAUGUUCUUGGAACUGAUUCGAAAUAGCGUUUUGUGUAAAAAUAUUAAGGGCGCUCCACAUCUUUAUCAGAAUCAUUGGAAUCGCAGGGAGUCCAAUCAAAUCAUUAAUCGCAGAGAGGGGCUUGCUUUAAAUCAACAAUUUUAUGGAAUGGGAAUGGAGCGGCAAAUGAUGAAGUUUGGGUACGCAUACUUUUGCCCCAAAGUGGAUUUCAGAGCAUUUCGCAUCCUAGAUUCAUUCAGCAAAGGGUUUUUUCCCGAGCGGCCAGAUUUUGUCAAGGCUCUUGCGAAAAAGAGAUUGCAUGCAUUUAAGGUCUGGGAGGUUGAUUCGAUAAUUGAUCAAAUUCAAGAGUGGUUUGAAUCCAUUUCCCCUAGCGAUUCUCUCGCUUGGCGCCAGCAUCAAGCCAUCUUGGAAUUUUGCACAGGGCUGAUGAUGAUCGCCUAUCGAUGCGAUGUUUGGGCGCAGCUGGAUAGCAAUAAAACUUUAAAACACCACUCCCAUUCCAUUUUGGAAAAGCUCAUCUCGGGGCAAGUGUCCAUAACAUUUGAUAAUAUUACUCAGUAUGUUAGGGACCUUCCCGAGUGCCCUUCCAGCCCAGAUUUGCAUACUAGCAAUGCUAUAUUUCACAAGGGAAAUUUUUUGCACGUUCUCGAUUAUCUCUUUGGCAUUAAUGAUGAUUGGGUUGAGCCGAGUGGAAAGGUUCGAAAGCGCGAUCAUUGGAAGAAUAAGCCCUUUCGCAUAGCGUAUCGAAGGGUUUUUAGAUUGAUUGGAGAGAGGCUAGGUCGCGAAGCGCAAAGCGAUUGGCAAUAUCAAUUCUAUUGUGUAGUUCACGCUACCAAUCCAUUACUACCAAACCCUGAUACUACUCAAUUGCUUUCUCGAAAAAAGAAUAAUAAAGGGUACUCUUGGUUGGCUUGGAAUUGGGUUGAAGAUUUUCCACCUGCCGCGUGCAAAUCUGGCCCAAUCUCAGUUCAAGUUUUGAUGCAACAGACUUCGUAUCAUCGCGGGCCCAAGGUCACUCACUGCAAUCCUACAAAGAGCAAUUCCAAUUCCCAUUUCAGAGGGGUCCCUCCCAAGCUCACUUUUGAAACGGAGUUUCUCCCCUACCCUUUGACGGAUAUGGAUCGCAUUAUGAAAGCAAAGUGGGUUGCAAAAUUGGACAGCCCUUAAUAAAAUUUUCAAUAGGAUUUCGGGACAGAUUUUGAAAAAAAAAAUUGUAAAAGGUACUCUUAGAUAAAGUUGCGAUUGCUUUAGCAUAAAUUGAAUUAGUAUAAAGGAGCAAUGUGUUUUUCCUUUCUAUAAAAAGAAUUCCGCGAGCUUUGCACAAGGGAAGCUUCACCUGCAGCCCCCCACCAUUUUUGCAUUUCUCAAGCCGGGCUCGAAAAAUGAUUUGCCUCACUAUAGCUGCAGGCCCCGCA